AUGGGGGAGAGAGACAGAGAAGUGAGCAGCCUGAACAAAAAGCUCUUGAACCUACAAACUGACAUCAAGAAUCUCCAUGAUGUCUGCAAGAGACAGGGGAGGACUCUGCAGGAGAAUCAGCUCUGUGAGGAGGAUGAGAUGAUGACCAGCAGCCAGGUGAGGGAGAAACAAGCAUUAGCACUUGAGGAGUCAGAGGUGGAGUUUGGGUCCAGUAAACAGUGUCAUCUGAGACAACUCCACCAACUGAAGACAAAAUUGCUGGCCCUUCAGCAAGAACUGGAGUUUCGCACAGAGGAGUUACAGACUUCUUACUGUUCCCUCCUGCAGUAUCAGUCCAUCCUAGAGAAGCAGACUUGUGAUCUGGUUCAACUUCACCAUCACUGCAAACUGAAAGAAGAUGAGGUGAUUCUCUAUGAGGAGGAAAUGGGAAGUCAUAAUGAGAACACAGAGAAGCUGCAUAUGGCACAGGAGCAACUUGCUUUGGCUGGGGACAAGAUUGUCUCCCUAGAAAGGAGCUUAAACCUCUACAGAGAUAAAUACCAGGCCUCCCUGAGCAACAUCGAGUUACUAGAGUGCCAAGUGAAGAUGCUGGAGGGGGAGCUCAAUGGAAUCGUUGGUCAGGAGCCUGAGAACAAGGGUGAUCAUCCAAAGGUGCGUAUAUGUUCUACACCCUGCGUGAUUCAAGACCAUCAGGAGACCCUGAAACGACUAUCUGAAGUCUGGCAAAAGGUCUACGAACAGGAUGAUCUGAUACAGGAACUUCGAAAUAAGCUGGCCUGCAGUAAUGCCUUGGUUUUGGAGCGUGAAGAGUCUUUGAUAAAAUUACAAGCAGACUUUGUUUCCUUCAAAGCCACCCACAGACAUCCUCCUUGCUCUUCAGGAGACUGUGAAGACAUAAAAAAGAUGCUAAAGCACCUGCAGGAACAGAAAGCUAGCCAGUGCCUGCACGUGGAGGAGUACCAGAACCUUGUGAAGGAACUGAAGAUCGAGCUAGAAGAGGUGUCUGAACAGAAGAAGAACGUUAUGAAGGACAUGAUGAAGCUGGAGCUGGAACUGCACACAAUUCGAGAGGAGAUGUCUGCCCAGAUAGAGAGGAAGGAUAAGGAGGCCUCCUGCCUGCACUGGCGGCUACAGGAAAUGGAGUGGCGGUUCUGUGAGAUCCAAAAGUCUGCUUCAGAGAAAGACAAGGCCCUCCAGGAGAAAGAUGAAAGACUGAACAAGCUAGAGAAGGAACUAGCACAGGCUCGGGAUGCCCUCAAAAACAAGGAGAUGGAGCUCCAGAAGCAGCAAGUAAUGGCAACAGAACCCAAAGUGGAUGGUAAUCAGGACAAGUCUGCUCAGUUCCAGAAGCUGAAGGACAGUCUUGAAGAGGCCAGAAAGCAGCAGAAGCUAAUUGCUCAGCAAGCAACCCAAUAUAAAGAACAGGCCUUUCUAGCUGAGAGCAAGCUGGAGGAGUCCCAGAGGAAGCUUCAAAGCUCCAUUUCCCUGGACAGGCAGAAGGAAGAUACUAUCCAAGAACUACAGAACAGCCUUCAGAAGCAGCAGAGGGAACUCUUGAUGGCUAAAGAACAACUAGCAUCCAAUAGGGAGCAAGUAGAUGAGCUGACAUCAGAACUCUGUAAGGCCAAGAAGUUGUUUGAAAUUUCAAAUAAGGAAAAUAAUCAGCUUAAGAAGACAGUGGAGGAGCUAGAAAUGAAGCUAAGAACCACCUUAGAGAAUAUGAAACAGAUUCAGCACCAGAACAAAGAGCAAGCCUCCACCAAAGACAACCUAGAAGAGGAGCUUCAGGAGGUAAAAAGGUUAUUGGAAGAGAAACGGGGGCAGCUGAAAAAGAGCAAAGAACAGGAGAAAAUGCUGGAGGAAGAACUUGAGUCAUUACGACAAGAAGAAAGAAGGAAAGAAAAGAUGUCUAAGGAGAACUUGAGGAAGUUGGAGGAGAAAAAUGAAAAUCUCCAAGCAGAGUUGUUGCAUUAUUCUACGCAACUAGAUAUUUCUAUCAGCAAGCACAGCAGCACGCAGCAGACGGUCCAAGAGCUGAAUAAAGAGGUAUCUCAGCAGAAGGAGACCAUAACGACCCUGCAGGCCCAGCUGGACAAGGCUAAGGAGAAAGAGAAGCAUUGUAUCCAGACCAUGGUCAGCAAGGCGGCCUAUGACGAGUUGUCCCUGAAGGCAGCUACCUGCCAAGAGGACCUGACUCAAGCCCUGCAAAAGCUCAACCAAGCUGCCGCAGAGACAAAGGAUCUGCACCGAAGCCUGAUGCAGACUCAAGAGAGGAAAACUCAGCUGGAAGAUGAAAUUGCCGUUUAUGAGGAGAGGAUGAAAAAGCUCAAUGUGGAAUUGAAAAAACUCCAGGGCUUCCACCAGCAGAGUGAGCUAGAGGUGCACGUCUUUGACAAGAAGCUGGAGGAAAUGACCAGUCAGGUGCUGCAGUGGAAGAGGCAGCACAAGAAUGACCUCAAGAUGCUGGCGGCCAAAGAGGAACAGCUCAUGGAAUUCCAGGUGGAAAUGGCCACUCUGAAAGAGAAGCUCCUUGAAGACGAGAAGCCCUGCUGUGUGCCUCAGGUGGAAGUCCUUCGAUCCACCCAGCACUCUGUGCCCAAAGAAAACUAUAGACUCCACCGAGAGAAUGAUCAGAUUAUGACCAACAUGGAACAGUGGGCCAAAGAACAGAAGAUCGCCAAUGAGAAACUAGGAAGCAAGCUCCGUGAACAGGUCAAAUACAUCGCCAAACUGACUGGUGAAAAGGACCACCUCCACAAUGUGAUGGAGCAUCUGCAGCAGGAAAACAAGAAGCUGAAGAGCGAGAUGGAGGAGAAGAAGCUGAAUGCAGGGCAACCAAAAUUACACAGCAAACCCCCAGGCUUCCUAAGCAAAAUGGAGCCCUUACAAAGGGAGAGAAAAAUGUGCGGGGCAAUGGGCUGGAGGGGGAUGCCCCAGGAGUUGGGCCAAAGAAUGGACAGCAAGUUGGUGGGGAUGCCCCACUACUCAGCCCAAACUGAAGAGGAAGCUUCCUGCUGUGACAAGGGCCUGUCCAGCAAGCUUGGGAGUCCCCCGAAUGAGCCCCCUCUUUCUCAACUUCAGACCUUUGACUGCGGACACUUCCUGUGCCUACACUAUCCUGUUCCCAUCACUCAGGCACUAAAGGGUGAAUGCAAGGGACUGGACAGCACACCUCCAAGCCCCACAGAGGGUCACCUCCCAUAG